UUUUGUUUUGGUAAUUUUUUACCAUUUCUUACCUUUUUCUCUUCCAAAAUAUUUAAGCAAAUCAAACUUAAAAAAGGUAACCAAAGAUCAUGAGAGAUAUCUCAAAAGAAAAACAAUGAUGAAAGUUACAUAUUAUUCUCUCAUUAUUUCAUUUUUUUUAUAUAUAUACACAUUAGACUUUCUUUGUUUCUUUCUUUUUCUCUUUGUCUUUCAAUGAUGAAGUCUACAACUACAAGUACUCUUUUCUCAGAAAGACUUAAACACUACGAUAAAAGAGAGAAAUGGUCCAAGAUGGGAAAGAUUGUUCCUUUCUUGUUCACUUCUUUUGCUUUAAUCACUGUAUUAUUCAGUUUCUUCCUUCUCUUUUCUCCAAUCCCUUUUAAGGUCACAUCCAAACAAGGCCUUACUUCAGUCCAAAACCUUCAUGAACUUCAAGGCAACUUUCCCAAAACUGAUCAUUUUGAAGAAGUGGAGAAUUGUGAUUUGUUUACAGGUCACUGGAUUCCAGAACUGAAAGGCUCUGUUUAUACCAAUUCAAGUUGUACAACUAUUCCUGAUUCGAAGAAUUGUUUCAAACAUGGAAGACAAGAUGUGGAUUUUGUUAAUUGGAGAUGGAAACCUGAAAAUUGUGAGUUACCAAUGUUUGAUUCCAUGGCCUUUAUGGAGAUGGUUCGAGGCAAGAAAAUGGCCUUUAUUGGAGACUCAGUGGCUAGGAACCAUAUAGAGUCUCUGCUUUGUCUUUUAUCACAGGAGGAAAUUCCUUUGGAAAUUUACAAGGACACUGAAGAUCGGUUCAAGAAAUGGUACUUUCCUAAUCAUGAUUUCACCCUUAUGAUUUUGUGGACCAAGUUUCUCAUUGUAGGAGAAGAGAGAAUGGUCAAUGGAACUGGGACAAGCGCCUUCGAUCUCCAGCUUGACAAGGUUGAGAAUAGCUGGGCUGAUUUUCUUCCUGAAUUAGACUAUGCCAUAAUCUCUGAUGGACAUUGGUUCUUCCGAGUUAUGUAUCUUCACCAAGGCAAUAGCUUGACAGGUUGUGUCUACUGCAAUGAACCAAACAUCACAAAACACGACAUUAGCUUUGCAGUUCGAAUGGCAUUUAGAACAGCAUUUGAUCACAUAAACGCCUGCAAGAACUGCAACGGUCUUGUGACGCUGGUGAGGACAUUUGCACCAGCUCACUUCGAGAAUGGAUUUUGGAACACCGGAGGUUACUGUAACCGAACGAGUCCCCUGAGUAAAGAGGAGCUCGAUUUGGGGGUUUUCGAGUGGGAAAUGAGGAACAUUCAAGUGGAAGAGAUGGAAAGGGCUAGAGAAAUAGGAAAGAAGCAAGGAAAGAAGUUUGGAGUUGUGGAUGUGACUAGGGCUAUGCUUAUGAGACCAGAUGGGCAUCCUGGUUCUCAUUGGGGCAACAAAUGGAUGAAAGGUUACAAUGACUGUGUCCACUGGUGCAUGCCAGGUCCUGUGGAUCAUUGGAGCCAUUUUUUGAUGGCUGUUAUGAGGAAGGAAUUGGGUAUAUUUUCAUGAUACAAGAAUAGGGUUCUUAUUAGUUAAUAUAAAACUAUACACCAUACUGAUUUUACAAUCUAUUUAUUUGUGUCCAAUUUUCAUAAAUGGACAUAUAUAAUACUCUCAAUAAAAUUUAUUAUGGGGCAUGGUUACUGUUGCAAAUAAUACUGAAAAAUGAGUUUUACUUUA